UGAGGAGGCCGCGGGCGUUCUCCCUCACGGGAGGUGGAGGCUGCGGCCGGCGGGGCAGGGGUUGUGCGCGGCGACUUUAGUUCAACUUUGUGAUGUCUUCCCCUGAAAUUGCUUCCCUUUCUUGGGGUCAGAUGAAGGUGAAAGGCUGCCCUACAACAUACAAGGACUGCAAAGUCUGGCCGGGAGGAAGCCGAACCUGGGAUUGGCGAGAAACUGGGACUAAUCAUUCUCCAGGAGUGCAACCAGCUGACCUUGAAGAAGUUGUCAAGAAGGAUGUUAAAACCAUGGUGAUUGGCCGUGGCAUGAGCGAGGUUUUGCAGGUUCCUCCCUCUACUGUGGACUAUCUGAAGAAGAAUGGGAUCGAUGUGGUGGUCUUGCAAACAGAGAAGGCUGUGGAAGAGUACAACACUCUGGCUGCUCAGGGUGUCAGGGUGGGGGGAGUCUUCCAUUCCACCUGCUGAGGCCCGACAGCUCUACGUGCAGUCAGUGGAGCCAAGGCAGGUGUGCAGCAGCAAUCUGAAAUGUAAGAGUGGCUUCUGAGCCCAGCAUUUCACCAAAUCAAGUGGGCUGUUAAUGAAAUUGCUUAAUUACAGAACCAUUUCUGUUCUUUCUUGAGCCUGACCUCACCUUCCUCUGAAGACUGUCCAUACUGGGGCUACUUUUUUGCCUGUUGGCUAAAUUAAACCACGAGCUUUUGACUGCUUUUGUUAGGAAAUGGCCUCAAUUUGGAAUGCAGCCAUAAGACAGCUGAUGAGCACAACCAAGUGCUAGAUACAAAGCAGUUGUGAAGAAGCAUUUUACCAUCACUGUAUAAAUAAGUUACAUUUGAAAGUGAACCCAGAUCACACAACUUUGCCUCCUGCUGGCGACCUCGCUUUUCAUCACGGAAUUUAGCACUUGUAACAUGACCUCAGUCAGGAUAUUGGCUCUGCAGAUGAGUUGGUGGUAAUUCAAGGACAUCACAGAAUUUAGCACUGUUAAAUUUUACAUUGAACCUGGAAAAAGGGGAAAAAAAAGUCUCUGAACAUGAACUCUGGGCCUUCAAGAGUUUUCUGUGAACUGUGAGGAUUUUGUGAAAUGUGUGUCUGCUCAAAAGGCCUUAUAUGCUUAAAAAUCAUCAGAAGGAUUUUGUCACAAAAUUGGAGUUGCAAAGUAAAAUGCUGAUCUUUAGGAAAUCAGGGCAUGGAUGUGAGAAUUCUCUCCAGUCAUCGCUACCUGAUGAUUCAAACGCUGUGCCAACAAGCAUGUUAUUACAUUGAACAUCCACAGAGUCUUCUUAGAUCCUCUUCUUGGUUGUCUUCUAUCAAUUUAACCACUUAAAAGUUACCUGCUGUAGAUUUUUUUUA